CUCUUCCUAUAGUUUGCGGUCGUGUAUGGCAUAGUCAAUUGGUGACAUCUCGUCUCAGUAAGAUUUGACAUGUUCAUGUUUUUGUAAACAUUAUUCCACGCAUUAUUCACAUUCGGUCCCGAGAACCGUUGUCACUCUGUCUUGCAAUGGACGAUAGCGUAGCGGAUGUUUCAGAGCACUUGGACUCUAGCGACAAUGAAGAAUUCACGCCCGGCAAAGUAUUGCAAGACAUUGAAAAUGCUUGGUUGAACGAGAAAUUUGCACCAGAGAUAUUACCUCAUCAAUCAGAACUCGUUGAUUGUAUGCUCGAACAAAUUUCGCACAUGGAAGAGAACAUGAAAAAAUUGAAAAAGGGUGACAUCAGGCUAGCUAUUCAUAAGAUGGAAAUCGAUAGAAUACGAUUCGUUAUAAAGAGUUACCUGCGAACGAGGUUAGAAAAAAUUGAACAAUACACCAUACACAUUCUGUCAGAAGAUGACAAAAAGAGUCCGGAAGAAUCUUACCUAACUCCAGGCGAACGCAAGUUUGCUAAAGAAUAUUUGGCCAAUAUUGAAACACUUUUCAGAACAGUUGCGCUUCAACACAUGCCUGCUAAUUUUCAAGCAUUCGAAGUUGAUAAACUGACUAUUAAACCCAACUUGAACAGCCAUGUCUUUUUGCGAGUCAACAAACCUGUGCAAGGAAUCAUCGUGCCUGGAACGACAAAUGAUGAAAUAGAUUUGACGGCUGGUGCACAGCGCCUUAUUCAAUACCAGCCAAUCGCAAGCUUAGUGAAAGAAGGAGCAGUUCAAUUGAUAUAGAUGUCACGUAACACAUCUUGUUUGACUUCAAGUUGAAAAUGAUCGAUAAUCUAGUUAUAACAAUACCGAAAACAAAAAUUAUCAAAUAAUAAUUUCAACAGCACAAUUAAUGUUUUGAACGAUAGGUUUUGUGAAUUCAAUGUCUCCGUAGAAUAAAGUAGAACAAAGUCACUACAGUAUGAGUUAAAACUUCAGAAGUUUAACCAUCGACUAUUUUGUUAGGGUAAAGUUUCGUAUCAUCCUUAAGGUGAAUAAAAAUCACGGUUUCUAUAAUAUUCAAGUAAUUAUAGUGCUUGUUAUUUGAAAAUAGAUUUUCCAAUAAUAGUUUCUGCUAGGUUGUUUCUGCUACAUAGUAAUAUGGUAUCAGAUUCACAAUACAGUUGACCAUAAAGAUGUACGAUAUAUUAAAAUCGUUGUAUUUUUUUAGUUGUUGAAGUAACGUUGUGUUCUUCCAAUUAGAUUAAGUAGAUGCAUUUUAUUAAUUCAAUGUAUUUGUUUAUUUGUAUUCGAAUACUUCCAUUACCUCGGCUGUAUCAUGAAAAUACAGUCCCAAGUACUUAUGUUUUGAACAAUUAUGCCAAUACAUUGAUACAGUCCGUAAACAAUGAUUAAAAAUGAACAGAAAUGGUUGAAAGCUCGAAAUACUUUAGGCUCCUACAUCCAUCUCACAAAACUAUAAGUGAAACCUAAAUAUUCCCGCUUCAGAAAAUCCAAAACCUGUCUUUCAACUGUUCAACUUCUUAGCGAAGUUUUAGUAUAAUUUGUAAGUUCUAAUUUGUAAUAUUCUAAUCAUCAAUUGUGCCUUAUAUAAUUCAAUUGUAAAAAUGAUGUUUUUAGAGGGACUACUUGCGAUACCUGUUAUAUUGUUACGGAAUCAUUACGAAGCAUAUAAAUCUCGAGAAUUUUGUACAAACAAUAAAUUGAA